UUUAUAUAAGAUAUCCAGGAGUUUAGUCCCACAUAUUUUGUCACAAAAUGAUAUAUUUUCACAUUCCAACCUUAUUCGUAGUAGUGGUUACGAUUUGCAACUGCUAUGGGGAUAAAAAAGAAGGACCAGAAAAGGGUAAAUUGAAUUUCACGGAAUGUCUUGAUGCAAAUGGAAUGACCCUAGAAAAGUAUUCGGCAUUGAAAAAGGAAUAUAUUAACCCUCAAAAAAUUGGUGAUGCCCCGAAGGAGCUUUUCUGUGUAAUGAAAUGUAUCGAUGAGAAAUAUGAAUAUCUGAAAGAUGGUAAAGUUGUAAUGAGCAAAUAUAAAAAGCAUAUAACCACCAUCAACUUUCUGAAAACUCCUGAAGAAUACCUGAAGUGCUUAGAACAGAUUGAUGUCAAAGAAUGCGAGGACUACAAAAAAAAAUUCAAAUGUGACUUUGAUGUCGGAUCCAGCUACCUAAAGGAAUGUUCAUCCAAACUGAAACUCAACAACGACAACUCAACACAAGCAGCAGGGGGUCGAACUUCUCGCAAUAGGUUUAGAAAGGGUUUUUGUUUGCUAAAAUGCGGUCUGGAAGACAAAGGAGUUAUAAAUAAUGAUGGGAAAAUAUUGAUCAGUGAAGCAGCAAAGGAUAUGGUUAUCACUUCCGAUGUGAAGGAUAAGGACUCCUUCUUUAAUUGUUUGAAAGGCUUAGAAAUCAAAGAAUGCGAAGAUAUUGCAAAAAUAUGGACUUGCAAGAAGAAGCAAUCGUGAUUAGGUACUGAAUCUUUUCCUUACAAAAACUAUCUUUCUGUUCCUUAUAUCUACUUCUAGUUGAAUAUAUAAAUAUAUUGCAUGCAAACUGGAAUUAUUCUGUAAUUAUUUGAAAAACCACUAACCUACUAACAUAAAAUCCUCUAUGUCAAUAAAA